CUAUUGUGAUCUCACUUUUCGCCCUCCCGUGGAAUUUGUGUUGGAAUUACAUUUAUAAAAAAUCGUUUGGAGAUCCUAGUCCAAGUUGUGAUCGUCUCGAGGUCUCAGUGUGCUCAAGAUGCCACUGAUGUGUUGUGAUUGCACAUCCUCCUGACCUCCAGCACAAUGGAACAGCACCAGGCGUAUGGAGAGGCGCACCGUAGCGCCACUCAAGUCAGAAGAGAAGUCAGUUUGGAUUCACAAUGCCAGAGCUCAGUGGGUGGAUCGUUGGCCAAUUCCCGGCUGACCUUAAGCUCUCGUGGGGGCACUCCGGUCUCCUUGAAGUCUGGUGGUGGUCCGUUGGUGGACGAGAGUGUGCAGGUGGACCUCUCAGCGGACACCAUCACCUACGACUCGGAAGAUGAGAUGGUGAGGCGGCGCUCGAGUCUCGUCCUCAGGAACAAGAAGGGACACCCCAUCUACUCCAGGGAGGACAUUCGAGAGCAAUACUGCAUCAACAGGAAAGAGGUCGAAGUAUUAGAAAACGCGCGUUCCAUCAAGUUGUUUGGCUGCUUAUCCCACCCCCAAGAAAGCUCGCCUUGUGCCAAAAAUUCUCUUCUCUUCUCCUGCAUCCACAAGAAGAAGCACCACAAAUCGAACCACCACCAGCACCGACGUUCUAGCAGCGAUGAGAAUGUGUACGCCCCCGACAUCGCCAGCCCUUCCCCCUACGACACCGACAGGACCUGCGACACCGAUGACACCAAGUCCAAGGACCUCGAUAUCUGCAGCACAGACGAUGAGGAGUACGCGUCGUCGGGGUUCAGAAAACGGCCCAAAACCAUCUAUUGCGACCCCAAUAGGUCCAGGGACUCUGAUGCAGGGUCCAUCAGGGGCCGGCGGAAGUUGGAAAGCUCGGCAAGUUUUGGCAGUCAGCAGAGCUACGAGGAGAGCGAGAGGGAAUGUUUGGCUCGAAACGCCAGACGACCUUCACAGCUCUAUAUUACAAGAGGUGGAAAUGAACGAUUCCAAAACAGCCGUAGUGUCGAUGAGCUGAACGACUCGAGCGCCACAAGGCGGCGAGAAGGGGUAGACACCGGUCGGGUGGCCAAAACCCCUGACAUAUCGCUGGACGACCGACGUCAGAAGCAUGUCAGCUUCGACAACGGUUCCUUGGUCAGAAGCAACACGGUAGCGGGAGGACUCGAGGAGGUUGGGGGAGAUUUUAGGGGUGGACCAGCAGCCACCUCCACUCCCCUGAGCUCCCAGAGGAGAACUUUCUCCCCACCUCCGAGAAGAAACAGAUCGCAAGAAAGGCUGUUGGACGGUUUCGUGACAGCCCGGCCCCCGUUGGAAUUCAGUGACAGGCCAACAUCAGUUGCAUCCUCAUACCGAUAUCAAGACUCCAGUUCAAGCUACCGUCUAGGUUCCCUACAACACCGACCCCGCCGCGCUCUCAUGAAAACCCAAGCCACACAAACAGAACUUACUUUCAAAGCCCGCUUCCUUCUUCCAGCCUAUCUCACCCUCUCACCCCGGGCGCACACACCCCAGCUGCUGCCAGUCAACCAGUACCCACCUUGCCAGAGGCCCCCCUCCCACCGGUCCCGGUCAGCAGCAGCGAGGUAUCGAACCACAACAGCGUCAUCCACGUCAGCGAAGCACAUGAGCAAAAGCCAGUCAGCGCACAACACUCUCGGAAGCGAAGACAGCGAUGAUGAGGUCAUGGAGGUGGAUCUGUCGACGAAGCAACAGCGACUAAUCCGGUCGACUACCAGCAGGGCUUCCAUCCGCCGCCAGAAAGCAGUCGUCGAAGAAGAGAUCAUGGUCUCCUACAAACCAGCACCCUCACCCCCAAAAGGAAACGUCGAGGUUUUAAUUGGAGAUCGUCCGGUGUCAAGAACAGUGGACAGGGAGCACCGGAAGAUUUCUUCAAUUGCCCGCGAAACCACCCCGAUAAUGAAACACGAGUCUCAAGAAGAUUUCCUUGAGAGAUCAAACGCGGUGGAGAUAACAAUAAGAAAGUGUAAGAUAACACCUCCGGAGCCUGAGAAACGAGCGAAAGAAGAGACGAAACUCCCUGAAAAAGUAAGAUGA